AACCCGGUUAUGUAAUACAGUAUGGACCGAAGAAAGAAAGAGAGAGCGGGAGGGAGGGAGUUAAGGAGAGAGAGAGAGAGAAAGAGAGAGGAGAGUAAUGAUAAUAAUAAUCUUAUAAUUAAAUCGUAGCUAAUGCUUUGGUAAUACACGUGGGAUCAAUAAAACAUGCACUGCAUAGACUUUGAUUAAAAUUUGAGAAAGAGAAAUAUAGAGAUACAUAGAUAGAUAGAGAGAGAGAGCGAGGGAAAGAGGGGGCGGGCUAACAGAUGAAAAAAAGUUGUUUGCUUUUCCGUUGCGUUGUGUAAGAAAUGUGGCACGAAUGUAAUCUUUCCCUAUAGAACAGGCACUUAUACCAGGCUCUGGUAACAACUGAGCAGUAGGCUGUCAUAAUAGAUUCUUCUUUUUCUUCUUCUUCUUCUCCUUCUAAAAUUAUUAAUCAUCAAUAAAUAAUGAUAAUAAUAAUUUAUUUUAUUUAUUUCUCUUCAUAUUUGUACAUUUAGAUUUGUUUAUUACUGUAUUUCUACAUUCAUUGUUUUAUUCAUCACCAAAUUUCUUCAUUUAAUAUUUCUGUUUGUAUAGGGAUGGGUUUAUUCUAAUGAUGUAGGAGUUAGAGAGUGAGCUAACUCUAAAGCAGGACCAGUCAGCUGGACAAACCAAGCAGAAUAAUGCAACCAAUUUUCAAAGAUAUUAGUAACUUACUACCUUCUGCUGUACCUCAACUGAAGGUACAAGCACUACAAGGACAAAAAAAUCAGAAAACAGGACAAUGAUGAUGACAUCAAAUCUGGACACUCAUUACCUGCUACACCUUGGGAACCUUUUUUUAAAAUCAAGUAUUCAUGUACCCUAUCCUCAUUCUAUCAUAUCGGUAUUUUUUUGUGUUGUUUUGCCCCCCCCACCACCCCCACAAACUCCAUGUGUUAACGUUUUAGUGUUGGGAUGUCUGUCUUGUUGGCAGCUCAAGUGCACACCUAACAGCUAGUUAUCUCUACAUACGGGCUGUGUGUAUCUAGCUUGACUGGCAGACUGAUCCAGAUAAUCUUUGCUGGAGGAUUAAAGCAGUGUCCCAGAGGAGGAGGACGUCCCAUAUGGCUUGUUUUCGUGCUAUAAAGCUCCAAUAACAACCUUUUGGGACACAUUUCACCUGCUGACUGUGAUGCCUUCCUCAAAGAGCUCUAAUCACUGGACUUUAUCAGAGUUAUUUGGGCAGCGGCGACUCCUAGGGCUCGGAGCUCUGCUGGCAUGGCUUGUCCUUUUCCAUCUCCUUGUGAACGUUUGGCUUCUCUGCAUCUUCACCAGUCUUUUGGUGGUCCUCGGGGGUUGGCUCGGGUCCCGUGCCGUACUGGAUGCAAACAGCCUUCUCCACUUGGAACAUUUCUUGCCUCUUGGCCCAAUUAAUCCCCCUCUGUUUUCACCUGAACAUGAGUGGAGGUUGAACCAUGAGAUCGACAGUGCCGUCCACAAAGCAGUGCGUGACUUUGUGUCCUCAUGGUAUCGUACUCUGCUGCCAGAGGUGGAGGGGGAGUUUGAACGUGCAGUGCGUAAUUCAAUGUUGGAGUCAGUGAUGGAGCUGAAGGAGCGUGCGCGGCGAGUGGACAGAAAAGCACUGGUUCAAAGGCUGUUGGAGCUGUACGGCCGUCACCUGCAGAGCUACAUGACGGCAAGACAGAUACAGUCAACACAGAGAGAGGGCAUUAGUCUGUGGCAGCUGUACAGUGAAGUAGAUGCCCCUCACCCAGCUGUGAGUAGUGCAGCCGCUGAGCUCAGCUGCUCAAGAGCUCUAGUUAACCUGGUCUUACAUGUGCUUGUACCAUACCCUCAGAUGGAAACCAGGACUGGAGGUUACAUGGUUACAGAACUAAUCACGUGCAAUGUGCUGUUGCCGCUCAUAAGCAGGGUGUCUGAUCCUGACUGGCUGAACCAGACCAUUGUAGACAUAUUCACCAGGUCCAGAGAACCACAAGAAAUCAAUGUGAAUGAGCACCAGGCAGCUGCACUGUACAGAUGUCAGAUCCAGCAGGAGUCCUGGACCACCUGCAGGUCCCUGUCGUCCUCUGAACAAGCAGGCCUCUCCAGCCAAAGCACCUCUGACCUUGAUGAUCUGCAGAGCAAGAGUCCGACCAGUGACAGAGACUCCUCACAGAGCAGCAUGGUUAGCCUGACGUCUGUGGAGAAGUUAGAAAGUUGCCACCCAGGUUUGCUCACACCAUGCAAAGUGAACUGCUGUUCACUCACAUCUGGCCAUUACUCCCAGUCGUCAGAGUCCAAAAGGAUUUCAUUGGACUCCUUAAUUCAAUCAGACUCGGAAGAUGACCUGACAGGAGGCUUUUGUGACUGUGGUCCUCCAACAAACUUCUGUAACAGGAGCACUUUAAAGGACGACGAGGUCUUCGGCUGCUUUGGUCCUCUGAAAAAUAUUGGGCCGAAAGUGGUUGUGCCUGAGGACUCCCAGUGGCCGGCAGGUAUAGCACAAGAGAAAUCCCCAUCUUGUCCUCAGAGAAGACUUUGUCUAACAUCUUACAACUUUGAUACUCCCAGCAACCAAUCUUCACCUGUGCAUAUCCAGAAUGUGCAAAUUUCUGGUACCGUCACUGCAAAGGAGCAGCGUGGCACUGGCACACACCCCUAUACUCUCUACACUGUAAAGUUUGAGACAGUGGCUGAAGCAGAGAACACUGCCUCUCUGCAAUCUGCGGCCUGUCACGCCGUCAACCGGAGAUACAGCGAGUUCCUCAACCUGCAGACACGUUUAGAGGAGAAGCCUGAAGUUAAGAAAUUAAUCAAGAAUGUCAAAGGCCCGAAGAAAAUGUUUCCUGACCUUCCAUUUGGCAACGCAGACAGCGAGCGAGUUGAAGCUCGUAAAAGCCAACUGGAUACGUUUCUUAAACAAUUAAACAGCAUUCCUGAGACGGCCAACAGUGAGGACAUGCAGGAGUUCCUGUCGGUCAACACAGAGGUUUGCACAUAUUUUGGAAGAAAGCCUUUUGUCAAGUCAAGAAUUGAUAAGAUGAUGGAAAAUGCAUUAGACACAUUGAAGACAGCUUUCCCUCAUCCUGAGCCCCUCAGUCCAACAGAGGACCUUGAGGGAGAUGUUGAUGGAAGAACGAUGGACAACAGGAAGUACAGGAGGCUUAUGUUCCCAAGCAAAAUUUCCCCAUCUCUCAAUAUACCUGACCUACAUCCUAAGGUGACAUACUGCUUCAGUGAAGGCAGCGCUGUCCUCAAUGGUAUGUCUCUGUCUGGCCUGGAGAGCUUCGUCAAAGAGCAAGAGAGCCUUUUAUGUGCGCAGAAUGGGAAAGAGACGGCCAAGCGGAGCUGUGAGCAGCAUGACAAAGACAAGAAGGCUUCAGGGAAAACUCACGGGACAGACACAGCUGUUGCAGAUGUUGCUUUGAACAUCUUGUGUCUGCUGAUGAAGGACCAGUGGAGUUGGCUGUGCACUGAGAAUAUUCAGAAGACCAUCAGACUGCUCUUUGGCACCUUCAUUGAGAGAUGGUUGGACGUAGGAGUUGCCCACCUUACCAGUGCCCCCUGCUGGGUGAUUUACCUGCAAGUGCUGCAGGAAGCUGUGUGGCCAGGAGGCACGCUACCUGCUCAACCAAGACCGGAGCGGAGUGCUGCAGAAAGAGAGGAAACUAAGGAGCAAUGCCUGGACUGUCUAAUACAGCUGCUUCCCGAGCUCAUCACUGACAUGCUGGGCAGUGAGAAGUACAGGCUGAGCUUGGAGACCAUGCUGGAGUCUUUGCAGGACCAUCAGAUAAACAAGCAUCUGAUCUACUGCAUCUGUGACCUGCUGCUGGAGUUUCUGGUCCCUGAGUCGUGUGACGAGGCCUUCCAGAGGUCUCUGCUGCAGAGCCUGGCUAAAGACACAGAGAGGGACAAUCCUCACAUUAGAUCAGCACGUGAUUGACACUCUGGUGCGUCACAGUUGGAGGCAAUUGCUAGAUGAUAUGCAAUGCACCGCACGUAUAUCAGUGUUGUGAUGAAUUCAUAAUGGUCAGUAGUAAGUGGAAACUAUGGGACGAUGGCAUAGAAAAUCAUUACCCAAUUGGUCAGCAGUAAAAGGCUGCCUGUUAGUCACGUGUCAUGUGUCGAUUAUGUGCCUUACCUUGUGACUUACUGCAAUAAAGAUGAGAUGAUGUGUAGAUUUCUGAAACAUCCGGAGGAGACAGAUCAGGAGGAAAAUGAAGAAUGGGCUCACAGUUAUGAUGUGAGCAUCAGCAAACCGUCAAUAACACAAUCAAAUAUCAGCUGUUGUUCUAAUGAGCUGUUAUCUAACGAGGUCAAACCAGAUCAAAUGUUAAUAAAUAGGCAAUUAGGAAACCAGUACUUACAUGCAACAGGCAUGUGCUCUGUAACUAUUGCUUGCUUAUUAUUUUUAUUAAUGCAAUUAUCAAUUCACUGAUUCAGAUCUUUGUUCAAAUGUUGCACAGGCUUUCCAUAGAGCCUGGUCAAAAUAUAUGUAACAUAUCUGUUUAUGAUUUUCUAUCUUAAAUAUAUAUAUUUUAAACUUUGUAGAUUAUCAUGUUGAAGUAUUUUGAUGUAUACUGUAUAUACACACGCACACACACACACACACACACAUGCAUAUAUAUAUAUAUAAAUAUAUACUGUAUAUA